AUAACCAAAUUGUCGCAAACCAACCUCAACGCCCGAAGACCUUCCAAUCGCUCUCUGUGUUAGCGAUCUAUAUUUUUUCACAUAAUAGCAUCCAUUUACUUCGGCAGAAAAUAAACUGCAACCAUGUCCCGUCCAGAAGAUACACUGUGCGAACCUCCACUCCCCCUCCACCCCGCACAUCCAGGUACUAAUCCUCAACCAGCCCCCCAGAUCUCCACUACAAUGAUACGGAAGCACGCAAAUACACCACCUCCUCCCGGAUCCAAACAAUCCAAGCUUCCAUGACACACCGCGCCCUCGAACUCCUGGACAUCUCUUCCCCAUCUAUGAUCCUCGACAUAGGCUGCGGCUCAGGACUCUCGGGAGAAAUUCUCUCCUCGAUCGACCCAGCGGACGGGGGACCACACAUCUGGGUAGGCAUGGACAUUUCAGCCUCCAUGUUAGAUAUUGCAUUACAAAGAGAUGUGGAAGGGGAUUUGAUGCUCGCGGAUAUUGGCCAGGGUCUUCCAUUUCGAGCGGGUACAUUCGAUGCUGCGAUUUCAAUUAGUGCCAUUCAAUGGCUGUGUAAUGCCGAGAGUAGCGAGGUCUCCUCAACCGGGCGACUAACAAGAUUCUUCAACGGUCUGUAUGCUAGUCUAAAGAGAGGGGGGAGAGCGGUGUGUCAGUUUUACCCAAAGAAUGAGCAGCAGAGGACGAUGAUUAGUGGUGCUGCUAUCAAAGCAGGAUUCGGAGCUGGUAUUCUGGAAGAUGAUCCGGGAACCAAAAAUGCAAAGUUGUAUUUGGUUUUGACUGUUGGUGGAUCGGCGGAGGAGGGCGCAGGUGAAGAUAUCACUGGGGUUGUGAAGAAUCUUGACGGUGUGGAUGUUCUAGAUGCUAGGAGAAAACAUAAGGAGAAGGGAAGAAAGGAUUUUAAAAAGGGUAGUAAAGCCUGGAUCUUGAGUAAGAAGGAACAAAUGGAAAGGAAGGGAAAGGUGGUCAAGCAUUCUUCGAAAUAUACUGGAAGAAAGAGGAAUAUUGCCUUUUAGAGGCGGGAAAACUUUGAUAGAUUUGGGGCGGCGUUCUGUUUGGCAUGGAUGGCGUCUGGUAGAAUUACGAAUUACGAU